CAUUCUCUGCGUCACUCUGACCAGAAAAAUGCGCUGCGCUCAAACGCUGCAGAUCGAGACCCCUGCUUUUUUUUCUUUUUCUUUGCGUUCGCUCUACACUCGGGAGCAAGCAAGCAGGCUUCCUCUAGCGACACGUGCGGCCGCACGCUCUUCGCUUCGUUUUCAUUGGCUUCAGUGAAAGCUGCAUGCGGGCGUUGGAGGCUGCCGCAGAGGCAGCGACGGAGUCGUGCUGGAUUGCGUCGCCUAGCGUAAAAGAUGAGCGCGGCACGCCAGGCGUUGUUGGUAUCUCGCGCGCUUUUAUCUGCUGAUCGCGAGGAUAUGCUGCCGCAGACCACAAGCCCUCUUCAGUGCGUCGGUGCGCGGUCGUCCUGACGCGAUGUCGUCGGCUGCGGGCAACGCGUCCGACCCGGUGCCCGCGUUCGCCAUGGGCAGCUACUUCGCGACGGCCGUGUGUCCGACAUGGCUGCCCACGAACCACAUACUCUUCCAGCUGGCCAACAUAUUUCUUUUCCUCUCGUACAUGGCACCCGCGGGUCUCUACGGGCUCCUGUACCUGCGCAUGUGCCUGACGAUGGGCAGCUUUUUCUUCGCCCUGUGGGGCUACGUCAUUCUGUGCGCCUUCGACACCAUGGUGUGGAACGCGUUCUUCACUGCCAUCAACCUAGUGCAUGUGUGCGUGCUGAUGUAUGUACUGCGGCCGGUGCGAUUGGCGCCCCACAUGGAAGUUGUGUACCGCGAACUCUUCCAGCCGCUCAAGGUGUCGCGCCAGCAGUUCCAGGCGGCCGCGUCGUGCGUCAAGGUGCUCAAGGAUGUCGAGCCGCACGAGACGUACGCCGUCGAGCACGUCACGCGCGCCGACAGCCUCACGCUCCUGCUGAGCGGCAGAUUCCUCGUGUCUCACAAGGGCCGGCCGCUGCAGAUCGUCGAUCGCUUCGAGUUCCUCGACUCGCCCGAGUGGUUCGGCGUGUGCGGAACCGGCGGAGACAAAUUCCAAGUGACCAUGACGGCGAUGGAUCGCUGCCGCGUGGUCGUUUGGAACCGCGACAAGCUCAAGCUCACCAUCAGCGGCGACACCUUCCUGCAGGCCGUGUUCGACAACGUGGUCGGCAAGGACGUCGUGCGAAAGCUGCUCUUCGUCACCGAAUCCACGCAGAACCACCCGCACGCCGAGAACGCUUCCGAGACGACCAAGCUUCUCAUACAGAUGAAAGAGAACGCUGUUCGCAAAGCGUCUCACGGAGAAAAGGAGGACGGUUUGGUGAGCGUAUGGAGCUGGGGCCGGAGACCUUGCUACCAUUCAGACCCCGAGACGGCAGUUUAGAUUCACUGGUACCUCAUUUGCUGAGAGGUCACACAUCAUGGUUGCCAAUUACAUUUCUCAUCAUUAAACUGUUUUUCCGUGUUUCAAA